AUGAUCGCGGCGCAGGUGGGCGCCGAGAAGAGGACAGAUCCAGUGACGAAGAGCGUCUUCCCGCUGUUCCAUUCCGCCCUGCCCCACCAGCGGCUGCCCACGUGUCGAUUGGCACCGAGCUGGGCACAAAUGGCACUGCACCAUCAUCAGCAGCUGCUGGAAGAGCUGAGGGCGUCCCGGGUGGUCCAGCAGCAGCUGACAACAUACAGGCACGGAUUGGGAGGGGCCACUGGCCUCAUCGCGAACACGCUGGGCCAGAUCCCGCUGCCCUGGCUCACGCUCCAGCAGCAGCAGCAGCAGCAGCAGCAGCAGCAGCAGCAGCAGCAGCAGCAGCGGCGGCGACCACCACUGCUAGUGGUCACCUUCUCCGUUUCUCUGCAGGAGCAGCGGAAGCUGUUUUAA